AUGUAUUUUCCAAUCGGUUCAUUUCGAAGUUUUUCAUUACCUAUCGAAGACUUCUGUGAGAUUAUAUUUAUUCGAACUACACGUGAUCGUCUUAAACUUGUUCUACUUACACCAACGAUUAUAAGUGUAUGGCUUACAAAACCAUCUACAUUAGUUGGUCUUGUGCAACGUUCAGAAAAUUCCAUAGCAGUACACGGUGCAAAUGUUUAUGCUGAAUGGCGAAAUGAUACUCAAAAAUUAGCUGUUUCAACAAAUAAAGGUUAUAUAAUUUAUUAUAAAGUUAUAAUUGAUAAACCUAAAUCAUCAUUUUUUGGUGCAACUAAUGAUGAAGAUCCUUGUGAAUAUCUUAUUCGACUUAAUACGGAAGCACAAUUCGUAUUUCCUAUGGUACGAAUUAAACUUACACAAGAUAGUGCUUUACAUGUUGGUUCCGACAUUCAAGGAUUAACAAAUCUGGGUUCUGAUUUAUUAGUAGCAGAUGAUAAAGGAUAUCUUUAUCGUAUAUCAUGGGAUGGUAUUAUUCAUCAACAUUUAACAUUAUGUUUACAUACACUUUCAUAUACAACUUCUUUGAAUUCUGAUCGAGAUCUUUAUGCAAAAUAUAUUGAAUUUUCACCGUUAUUAAAUGGUAUAGGAAUUAUAUUUAGUGAUGGUACAUCGGGUUUAAUUAUAUGUGAAACAUCAAAAUUUGAACCACAACAAUGUCAAUGUAUUCUUAUUCAACCAACAAAUGAUGAAAAAAUUUGGAAAACUCAUUGUUGUGUUGCAUUAAAUGCGAUUUAUCAAUUAUUAGCAUUUGGUUCGACAAAUGGACAAGGUUUUGUUUAUUAUAUUGAUGAAUUAACAGCAUCAUUACAAUUAGCUUUUAAAAUACAAUUAUCAGUAGAAAAUUUUCCAGAUUUAGUAGAAAAUUUGGGUGCAUUAUGUUCAAUGAAAUGGAGUCCUGAUUAUCGAGUUCUUUGUACUUUAUGGGAAAGUGGUGCAUUUGGUAUUUGGACAGUCUUUGGUAUACUUCUUCAUUGUUCUCAUUCAUCUGACCAAGCAUUAGAUCCAAGACAAUCCUAUGCUUUUUGUCAUGUUAUUGAAUGGGGUCCUGACGGAUAUACUCUAUGGAUUGCAUCUAAUAAAUCUAGUACAUCGUUACCAACAGUUACGGAUGAUGAUGUUGAAGUACCAGUACAAAAUAGUAGUCAAUUAAUGUUAUUAAAUUUUUUAAAAUCAUCUGUGAUUAAUAAUCCUCAUUCGGGUAGCAUUGAACAUUUAUUAUUACAGUCUGAAGAUAAAGUUUAUUUAUAUCUAAGUGGUAAUCAACAAUCAAACAAUGGUAAUAAUAAUGGAUUAUCAAUAUCUGUUGGUUGUGAUGUUGGUUGGCAAGUUAUUCAAUUACCUCAACUUUAUAUUCAUAAUAAUUGGCCAAUAAAAUUUGCUUGUAUUGAUAAUACAGGUCAAUAUUUAGCUGUUGCUGGUCAACACGGAUUUGUACAUCUUUCAUUAUUUACACGUAAAUGGAAAUUAUUUGGCAAUGCUGGACAAGAACGUGAUAUACGAGUUGUUGGUGGUUUAUUAUGGUGGAAAGAAUUUAUUAUAUGUGGUUGUACAUCAACAAGUGAAAAUCGAGAUGAAAUUCGUCUUUAUUCACGAUUAACUAAUUUGGAUAACCAAUUUUCAAAUGUAACACGUUUACAAUCACCUAUUAUUUGUUUAAAUAUUUAUGAUGAUACAAUAAUUGUAUUUUCAUAUGAUUUACAUAUUAUGUUAUAUGCCCUUGAGCGAAAAGAAGGAAAACCAGGUAAAGACAAAGAAAAUGAUUUUUAG